UCUCUAUAUAUAAAUUCUUGUCUUUCAACUUUCAGAGCAACGUUGAGUAGAUUUAUCACACGCCUUGACCUUCUCAUCCAACGGUCAUUAUUCACUCCAAACCUCCUCUGUUUCUUCUUCUUCUUCCAAAUAUCUCUCAGAAGCCAAAACAUCUCUCUUUCGUUAUGGCUUCACUUCUUUCUCUUCUUCUUCUUCUUCUAUUGCUCACUUUAUCUUCAGCAGAGUCUAAGACUUUUUGGGGUGAUGUGGCAGCUCUCAAAGACUUGAAGAACUCAGUGGAUACCAAAUCCAUGAGUCCAGGCUCUUGUCUGAGUUCUUGGGAUUUCUCAUUCGAUCCAUGCGACAAUAUAUUCAGUGACACAUUCACUUGUGGGUUCCGCUGCGACUCUGUCGUUUCCGGAUUGGCUCGGGUCACGGAGCUCAGUCUGGACCAAGCCGGUUACUCGGGCUCCCUCUCCUCCGUCUCCUUCAACUUUCCUUAUCUCCAGACCCUCGAUCUAUCCGGCAACUACUUCUCCGGUCCACUUCCCGACUCGCUCUCCAAUCUCACCCGUCUCACCCGCCUCGCCGUCUCCGGAAACUCCUUCUCAGGAUCCAUACCCGAUUCAGUCGGGUCGAUGACGGUUCUUGAGGAGCUCGUCCUAGAUAGCAACCGCCUCGACGGCUCCAUUCCGGCGAGCUUCAACGGCCUUUCCAGCCUAAAACGUCUAGAAAUCCAGUUAAACAACAUUUCCGGCGAAUUCCCCGAUCUGAGCUCACUCAAAAACCUAUACUACCUGGACGCGAGCGAUAACCGCAUCUUUGGUCGGAUCCCAUCAUCGUUACCAGAAUCUAUAGUCCAAAUCUCCAUGCGAAACAACCUCAUCCAAGGAACGAUCCCGGAAAGCUUCAAACUUUUAAACUCUCUCCAAGUAAUCGAUCUUAGCCACAACAAACUCAGUGGCUCAAUCCCAUCAUUCAUUUUCACUCAUCAGUCUCUGCAACAGCUAACACUCUCCUUCAAUGGAUUCUCCUCAUUAGAUUCACCCUACUAUUCCCCUUUGGGUCUCCCCAGCGAGCUCAUAUCCGUAGAUCUCAGCAACAAUCAGAUCCAAGGCGCGUUACCUCUGUUCAUGGGUCUAUCACCAAAGCUCUCAGCUCUGUCGUUAGAGAACAACAACUUCUUUGGUAUGAUUCCGACCCAGUACGUCUGGAAACUCGUAUCUCCCGGAUCCGAAUUCGCCGGGUUUCAGAGACUAUUACUAGGCGGGAAUUUCUUAUUCGGAGUCGUACCGGGUCCUUUGAUGGCGAUGAAGCCUGGAUCAGCGAACGUACAACUCGCCGGAAACUGCUUCUCGUGGUGUCCGGCGACGUUAUUCUUCUGUCAAGGGCAAGAACAGAGAUCUCCUACGGAAUGCAGAAAGUUUAGCCGCGUCAUCCCAUGAUCUUCUCUUUUCUUGUUUUAGCCGGUCGGCUCGAGUUGGAUCUUCUUAGUAGGGUUUUUCGGGCAAUUGCUUAGCCCGAUAAUUUCAUCGGUAUAAUUGUGAUUAAUUUAAUAAAAUUGCCGUUGGUAG